AUGCGCCAGGAGCGCCCUUUUCUCUGGCUGUGUAUCAUGGCCAUCUCGACGCGGUCAAGACCUCUACAGCUGGAUAUGAGCGAGCGCAUCCGAUGGAUAAUCAGUCAGAAACUCAUGAUGGAACAUGAAAGAAACAUGGAUUACCUUCUUGGUCUCAUUGCAUUCAUGGCGUGGAUCAACGUACAACCGGGCUCAAAGCCCUUCUUUUGCUUCUACACACAACUCGCGAUUGCGCUAGUCUACGAUCUUGGCCUCACCAAAGAGCUCUCUAAGUUCUCUACACCACUUUUGUAUUGGAAAUCCAUCGGCCUCAACAGCCCCUGCUCUACCCUCUCUCCCCCACGGACAAUGGAGGAACGACGCACCGUCUUGGCAGCAUAUCUCCUGAACGCAACUGUUGCAUCCUUUGUCAAGAAAAUGGACAUUAUGCGCUGGACAAAACAUAUGGACGAUUGUCUGGACGUACUCGAGAAGUCAGAAGUGAUACCAAACGACCGCGCCCUUAUAGCCAUGGUAAGAAUGCAGCUCAUUCACGACGAGGCUACCAACAUCUAUUCGCCUCGCGACACGAUAGGGUUGGCCUCACCACCACCCACUUUGUACAUCAAGGCGCUGUCUUCGAAGCUACACGCAGUUUAUCAGGCUCUUGCACCAGAGGUCAAAGCCAAUGAUAUCGUAGCUUGUAGAUUGCACGACACGGAACUCGCGAUACAUGAAAGUGCCAUAUCACAAGCACACUCUCCGACAAAUUUCCCCAACAUGCAGCGUCUUGAGGCCCUGUUUGCCUGCCUUAACAGCAUCAAAUCAUGGUUUGACCUUGCCUUAGUUAUACCGCUCUCUACAUGCCCCGACUAUGGGCUUACAUUCUUCGCGCAAAUGUCGCAUUGUGCCAUCAAUCUCCACCGUCUCCAGACAAUGGACGAUCCCAUCUGGGACAUUGCCACUGCGCGCACCAUCAUCGACCUUCCCCAAGUGUUGGAAAAGCUCGCAGUACGGUGCACAGUAGCUGCAGACCUAGCCACGGUGCCCCCCAACGACAAUGAGGAGUUCACAUUCGUCAAGGCGGCGAAGAUGCUUCGUAUGAUGAAAUAUUUUUGGGAGAAGGAGAUGGAAGAGCGAAUGGCAAAGACGAAACGGGAGGCAACGGGUCUACCAACACCGGCUACGCAAGGCACUUCCAUACCCCUAGACGGCGUUGAGCUUGCGGACUUCGAUGGAGAGCUACUGGAUGACGAAUGGUUCGCGCAUAUUUUUACGCCAAUGGACCUUUAG